GAUACAGAAACAGAGAGAGAGAGAGAGAGAGAGAGAGAAACAGAGAGACAGAGAUGAACUCAGCUCUGCUGAAAGCGGACUCCGGUAUUUUUCUACCUACAGGCGUCGCAGCCGCUGCUGUGACUCCAUCUGUCUGUUAGAACCGGGAGACUCCCCGUCUGUCUUUCUGUCUCUCUGUCUCUCUGUCUCUCUGUCUGUCUGUAUGUUGGCAUGUUAAUGCCUCUGUUACUCCUUGAUGCUUCCAGUGUGUUUCUACUUUCACCUUUCCCAGAUGGGAGGGUGAUCUGCGGACCUUGGUGAAGACAGCUGCAGCUGAAGGAGUGAGCCGACGUUCAGGACGUGACUGGACCGCAGAGGAGGAGCAGUUCACUGGGACAGAAGCUGGGAGACUACGCAGGAAUUGAUGUCAUCAUGAUGCUGCCGAUCUCCAGGUUCAAAGGUCAGCCGGUUGGCAUGGUAACCACCACCACAGCCCCCUUCCUGUCCUUCAGCUGUGACCCCGCCCCCCAAUGGCUCUGGUUGGCCACGCCCCCUCUGCUGUUCUACCAACCAGCUGUUUUCAUACCUGAACACACACACCUAAUACAGUGGGAACGUCCGGCUGUUGAAGUGGUUCCUCUCGUUCCUUCAUUCUAUCGCUCUUCACAUCUUCAUCCUCCUCAUCUUCUUCAUCCUCUCCCCACGCUAGCUGAAGGCUGGACCUCUCCAGAGGAAGUGUUCCAGAGGAGAGACAAGCCCCUCCUCCUGACCAAUCACAUCAUCCAGAGGCCAGAGAGACACACCCCCAGGACUCGCUCGCUGCUGAGAUCACCUGACACAGGUCGAGUUAGAAGAGACGCCACAAAGACCAGGGACACCGAGCCACACACCUCCUCCUCCCUGCAGCUCCUCGCUGCGUCUCCUCUUCAGCUGCCUCUCCUCGCUGCUCCUCCAACAGGUGGUGCUUACAUGAAGUGGGCUGAGUUCCAUAUUCAGCGGGACAACAAGGCGUGGCCUAUAAUUCUGACCAAUCACUGGCAUAGAGGGGCGUGGUCACAGCCGAUCGUCUGCCGGGAGAGAAGUCUGUCUCCGCCUACACAGCUCUGCAGAGAGAGGUGGCCAGUCUUACCUGUCCAGGUGAUGAAGGAAAUUCAUCCCUCCUUCUUCUCUUCACGGUUUUCUUCCAGAUUCACUCUGCUGACAAAUUACAGACACAAGAAGCGACGGAUGAGUGGACAUAAAGGUUCUUAUAGAGGAGCAUUUCUGCUGAGAACGGAGAGAACAAUAGAAGACAACAAACAGUGUAUUUCUGUAGAUGGAGAAGGAGAGGAGGAGGGAAGUGAAGGAGGAAGAAAAGACAGACGUCCUGUCGCUUCCACACCUGUGCCGGGGUCACCAUGGUGUGUGGUGUGGACUGGAGAUGACCGGGUCUUCUUCUUCAAUCCCACAAUGCACCUGUCUGUCUGGGAGAGACCGGGGGAGCUGAUUGGUCGAGACAUUAGCCGGAUCAUCAUGGACCCGCCCCACAAGAGAAAGAAGAAAACGUCUGCCUACAUCAGCUCCAGCUGUCAAUUACCUGGUCUCCAUGGUAACGACGAAGAUGAAGAUGAUGAACACAUCUCCAAAAGGAACAGAACAGAGGAGCCUUUGUCUCUCGUCCCCCGUCCAGGAGAAGUUAAGCUUCUCCCCCUGGAGCUUCGUAUCGAUCAUUUUAGGGAAAUGAUGCUCGAGAGAGGGGUGUCGGCGUUCUCCACCUGGGAGAAGGAGCUCCAUAAGAUGGUGUUCGACCCUCGAUACCUUCUGCUGACCUCCGAUCAGAGGAAACAGGUGUUUGAUCAGUUUGUGAAGAGCAGGGUGAAGGACGAGUACAAAGAGAAGAAGAGUAAACUCCAGAAAGCCCGAGAAGAGUUCAAACAGCUGCUGGAAGAAGCCAAGAUCACCAGCAGGUCGACCUUUAAGGAGUUCUCUACUCAUUACCGUGGUGACCAGCGGUUCGAAUCCCUUAACAGGAAGAAGGAACAGGAAGUACUCUUUCACCAUUACAUCACAUCCUUAAAGAAACGAGAAAAGGAGAACAGAGCCAGGUUGAGGAAGAUGAGAUGAGACCGCUGUUCUUAAAACUGUCUCAGAACCCGACAGAACCAUCUAGAAGCUUUUAAAACCUUUUAGAACUCAUUCAGAACCUUCCAGGACCUUGAGGGACCUUCCAGGACCUUAAGGGACCUUCUGUUCCCACGCUGAGCAGCUCGUUGAUUACAGGUUUCAAACUCUCCUGGUUCUUUUGGAGGAACUGGACACCGAGACGGGAUCGGGACCAGAGGAUCUGACUGGUUCUGACCGUUUGUGGUUAUAGAGAAGUUCCCAGACCAGCAGCGGCAGACUGGUUCCUGUGUUCUGGACUGAUGUCAUCUGGACCUUUGACAUAUGAGCCAAGCUGAACUGAUCAAACAAAAACAAUUAAAGCACAAAAGAAAAUGUCUGUCAUCUGUUUGACUGUUUAUCCCUCUGGCCUGACUGGACCAACCAAUCUAUCUAUCAACCAACGAUCAAUCAACCAACCAAUCAACCAAUCAUCUAAUCAACCAACCAAUCAACCAAGCAAUCAUCCAACCAAUUAAUCAACCAACCAGUUAAUCAUCCAACCAAUUAAUCAUCCAACCAACCAAUCAAACUCUAUGUUUCACUCUUUUCACACAUUCUGUGCUUCCCUGACCUACUGAGAAUCAAACAGAAGAAACUGUUGAACUAUUGGAGGAUAAUGCACACAAGAAAUAAAAACUAAAAUGUAUUUAUUAAACAGUAAAAUAGAUACAAAUUGAUUUACAGAAUGGUAAAGUAAAUUAAAGACGAUAAAACAUUAAUACAAACUUCUGAAACCAAAUGUACAGACAUCUUCUGAUGAUCUGUUUAUAAUAAAAACACAAAAGAGAUUCAGGUGCAGAUAAAAACUGAGCAAGAAAUCUUCAUAAUGGAGAAACUGCAACCAGUUAAAAACAACAGAAGAUGAUGAAAUGCACCUUGGGAGUUGUAGUUGACUUCUCCAUUAUUCACGUCCACAGACUUCUUGUAGCUUUGACCAAAUAAAUCAUAACUCAUCUUUUGUUUCAUUAAGCAGACUGUUACUAAGGAACCUGAAAUGAAUCGCUGCAAUGCUGAUCCUUAGAGGAGAUUUGAUUGAUUGGCCCAGCCAGCCACCCCCCCGCGUGCACACACACACACACACACAUACAUCACGUCUCCUGUAAACCAACUGAUCUGAAUAGAUUCAGCUCCUUUCUGUCUAAUGUGUGUUUGUAUGUUUGUUAUCAGGAUGUUGCUGUAGACAACAUAUUUUUGACGUGAUGUAAGCCCCGCCCCCUCACCUGUCAGCACCACGGUAAACUGUGAUUAGACAGAGUUUGUGUCCAGAUGUUUUGAUUGGAUGUCUUUUGGUGUCCUUACUUUUCAUUGGAUGUGUCAGUGUUGAAAUGAUAUUUGUGUUCUGACAUUUCAUUGGCUGUUGUUCAUAGUGGGUUUUGAUUAAACUGUUCCUCAGAAA